UCUUGUGCCCGAGCCGCCUCCACCGCUUCGCAUCCCCUCUGCCCGCACAGGAGUGUGUGCCCGAGUGCGGGAGCGCUGGGCUGGGCGCGCACGGCUCUUGGCCUCCCUCGCGCCCCGCCGCGGCGCUUCCAUCCACCCACUCCGCCUUGGCCGGCUCACCGUGCCCCUACCCGGACUCGCACCUCGCCGGUGCCCUUCACUCGCUCUUCCGCGUGAUCUCCCCGCCGCCUUUUCUCUACCAACUGGGAAUGCUAAAACGGGACUGAUGGACGUGUCCGAACUCUGCGUCCCUGAUCCCCUCGGCUACCACAACCAGCUGCUGAACAGGAUGUCCGCAGACGACCGGCACCUGGGCUCCAGCUGCGGCUCCUUCAUCAAGACCGAGCCGUCCAGCCCGUCCUCGGGGAUUGAUGCCCUCAGCCACCACAGCCCCAGCGGCUCGUCGGACGCCAGUGGCGGUUUCGGUCUAGCCCUGGGCGCCCACGCCAACGGUCUGGACUCGCCGCCCAUGUUCGCGGGCGCCGGGCUGGGAGGCACCCCGUGCCGCAAGGGCUACGAGGACUGUGCCGGAGGCCUCAUGGAGGAUUCGGCCAUCAAGUGCGAGUACAUGCUCAACGCCAUCCCCAAGCGCCUGUGCCUCGUGUGCGGGGACAUCGCCUCCGGCUACCACUACGGCGUGGCCUCCUGCGAGGCCUGCAAGGCUUUCUUCAAGAGGACCAUCCAAGGCAACAUCGAGUACAGCUGCCCGGCCACCAACGAGUGUGAGAUCACGAAACGGAGGCGCAAGUCCUGCCAGGCCUGUCGCUUCAUGAAAUGCCUCAAAGUGGGGAUGUUGAAGGAAGGUGUGCGCCUCGACCGAGUGCGUGGAGGCCGCCAGAAAUACAAGCGACGGCUGGACUCAGAGAGCAGCCCAUACCUGAGCUUACAGAUUUCUCCUCCUGCUAAAAAGCCAUUGACUAAAAUCGUCUCCUACCUGCUGGUGGCUGAGCCAGACAAACUGUAUGCCAUGCCUCCCCCCGGCAUGCCGGAGGGCGACAUCAAGGCUCUGACCACUCUCUGUGACCUGGCAGACAGGGAGCUCGUGGUCAUCAUUGGCUGGGCCAAGCACAUCCCAGGCUUCUCCAACCUCUCGCUGGGCGACCAGAUGAGCCUGCUGCAGAGCGCCUGGAUGGAGAUCCUUAUCCUGGGCAUCGUGUACCGCUCGCUGCCCUACGACGACAAGCUGGUGUAUGCGGAGGACUACAUCAUGGACGAGGAGCACUCCCGCCUCGCGGGGCUGCUGGAGCUCUACCGGGCCAUCCUGCAGCUGGUGCGCAGGUACAAGAAGCUCAAGGUGGAGAAGGAGGAGUUCGUGACGCUCAAGGCCCUGGCCCUGGCCAACUCAGAUUCCAUGUACAUCGAGGAUUUGGAGGCGGUCCAGAAGCUGCAGGACCUGCUGCACGAGGCGCUGCAGGACUACGAGCUGAGCCAGCGCCACGAGGAGCCGCGGAGGACGGGCAAGUUGCUGCUGACGCUGCCCCUGCUGCGGCAGACGGCCGCCAAGGCGGUGCAGCACUUCUACAGCAUCAAACUGCAAGGCAAGGUGCCCAUGCACAAACUCUUCCUGGAGAUGCUGGAGGCCAAGGUCUGAUGGCCCAUUCCACGGACGGACUCCCGCCCAAGGACAGAUGGAUGGACCGACGCGAACACCUCCACAGCCACCAGCCUCAACAUUCAAGUCCUGUAUCAUGGCCAUGAGCCGUCGCGGCGGAAGGGGCUCCUUGCCUCCUGGCUGUGUGCAGAGUCCCGGGUGCUGGAGGGGCGGGGGGUACGGGGAUGGAAAGGCAGGUGCGGGGCUCAUCUGUAACUGGCUCUUUUUUUUUUUCAUUUGGUAUGUUGUUUUUUUUUCCUCCGCCACGGGCAAUGCCGAGGCCUGGGCCAGAGCUCACUCCCCCUGAGGCCGGAGACCACCAAGGAGGAAAGGCAACUUCUCCCCACCUGAUCGCCAGGAGGCAGCACAUACAUUUCAUAACCACUUCUGACACCCACCCCACUCCCGGCCUCCACCCACGGCCUGGGCGGGCAGUGUUUAGUGCCAGGACUCUGGCAUACUCAGGCGGGGGUAUACCUUCGGAGGCUUUCCUCUCCCAGAAAGCAGGUACUUUCUUCCAGAGGCCCUGCCUACUCUGAGGUUCUGCCCCCCAGGAGGCCCCACGCCUUCCGCAGUCCAGAAGGUUUCCUCCCUCCAGUCUUCACCUAGGCUCCCAGGCCAGCCCAGCUCACCAUCAGGGGACUAGCCGCCAGAGCUCCUGGAUUUUCCUAGUCACCCCGCCCCCUUGGUGCGCCCCCCACCCGCCUUCCACUGCUGCCCCAGGGUCCCCUCCCUCUCCGCCCCCUCACCCCAGGAACUCCGCUGCGACUUCCUGCCCGACCUCAGAGCUCACCCCCAUUGUGGGUUCCACCAGCCAAGACUUAAGGGCCCACAGGUGGGGACGGUGCUGGCUCAGACCAGAGCAGGGUCCAAGACACCACGCCCCAGCGCUCCCUCUUCUGCAGGCUUCUCCCGCUCCCUGGGGGCAGUCCAGAGCAGGUGGGCCUGGGGUACUGAGGGAUAUGCAGGGACCUGGCCCCUCCGAGGGCACCCUGGGCACUUGAUUCUAGGCUGGCAGCUCUAGGAGGACCUGGGUGGGAUAGGGAGAGGCCCAGACCAAGCUUUGCUGAGCACAGAAAGGCCCAGAAACAGAGAUGAGCAGACAAGGGAACUCUGAAGACAGGGGCUCCACAGAGGUCACCAGCUUGCCUGAUCAGUGGACACCAGGAUGCCCUCUCCCUUGCCUUCCAAAGGGCAGGGUGAACCAGUGUGCAGGAGGGUUUGCACCUGCCAUCCUUGGACUAAGGAGGUAUAGCAUAGCUCCCCGGGUGCACUUAGAUGCCAGCUUUCUGGCAGGAGACCCCCACCCCCACCAGUCCAUCAGGCUGUUGCAUAAGGUACCAACCACCCCAUUUUGCCCAGGACCCGUUUUGGCAUUGAGAGUCUGUUUGCCAGGAAACCCUCCAGUCCUGGCCGAAUGGGAACAGGGGGUCACCCAUUUCAGUGAGCGGCUAUGAAAGUUUGUUAUAACCCACUCAGACUGGGGGGAGGGCAACUUGAACACACCAUCUGGGGCUCAUGGGGUUGGCUGAGAGCAGUUUACAGGACCUCCCAUGGCUGAAGGAGUUUCAAGCAUCCAUCCAAUCAGCUGUCUUCUAAAGCAGAGAUCAGAGCAAUCCUGCCAGGGACACUUUCCCGGGGAGUCCAACACAUUCUACCCCCGACCUCUCGUCACUUUGAGAGGCAGGCAGCUCCCACCCACCUAGCCCCAGGACCAGGAGGCCAGGCGUCCUCCUCCACAGCCUCGCAGCCUUCCGUCUCUCCACACCCAGACACGGCUCCUUCUGAACUUUUUCUUCCAGGAUGUGCUAAGGUCACCGCAGGUGUGAGAGCUGGCUAAAUUCCAUCUGCUGCUCUCAGGUUCCAAGAGACUUCACAGACCAGUGAAGUAUGCUCCCUCCCUUUUUUGUCUGUGGAGUCUUCAAGGCCAGAGUCAUGUGUCUGGCAACACUGGAAUGAUCCAGGGUGCUGCUAGCAUCCUGUGCAGUCUCCGAUCUGGGCGGAUAGAUGCGCAGGUGCCUCUAAGGGACCAGGGGUAAAACCCAGGCCUGCUUAGCUGUUGGGGGCCAUUCAUUGACUCCCUUAGCCUCUCACUGAGUUGUGUGCUCAAGGAGGCAGGGAGCAGAGGGUCGCAUCUCAUCACCCCUGUUCUGUGUUAGAGUCACUGCUCGAGCGUGAGGACCUGAGCUGUGAGCCACUGCAGGGGGCUAGUUCACAACUGGUCUUCACUGUCCAUCUUUUCUAGAAAAAGCACCUCUGAUUAACAGUGCAACAAGUGGUCUGUGGGCGGUGGUUGUUGCAUACACAGGGCAGCUUUGCCUUGCCGGAGCUCAUGCAUCUGUUAGAGCCCCUUUAUACCAGAGGGGGGCCAUGGUCCUGAUGGCUUGGUGCCACUGAGGUGGCUGCUGCUUUUACACUAAAAAACUCUCAUGGCAACAGGAAAUGUACCAGGAACGAUGAGAAAGGUCUGUUCAGUGGGGAAGGCCCUGGUGCAUACUUGUUGGAUCCAUUGGCAUUCAGAGAAGUUUACAGGCCAACUUCUUAGUUGGAAGCCUAGCCAGCUUUUGGGACCUCCCUGGGAAGAGGGGAGGAGGUUGGGAGGGGGGUGACUUAGUGGAGGAUGUGAAGCGAGGAGAGUUUAGGACACCCCAUCCCCCCUAAACAGAACAAAAGUGAAGUUUUCCCCCCAAAUCCACUGUUCCUGGGAAAUCUGUAAAGAGGACAUAACCCUUCUCAGUUGUACUCUCAUGAUACAGGUCAUUGAAAUGAACCAAGAAAUAAAAUGGAAAAAAAAUCCAACCAC